AGCCAGAGAUUUGCUUUAUGAAAGGUGCCUAUGAGGAAGUGAUUCGAUACUGUACAACUUACAACAACAAAGGGCACAGUUUACCACUUAACCAACAAGAAAGAGAGCAUUAUCAGCACGAGAAAGCAUCUAUGGGCUCUGCAGGACUUAGAGUUCUAGCUUUAGCUUCUGGUCCUGAGCUUGGACAGCUAUCCUUCCUUGGUCUGGUUGGAAUUAUUGAUCCUCCUAGGACUGGUGUAAAAGAAGCUGUUGCUGCGCUUAUUACUUCAGGAGUAGCAAUAAAAAUGAUCACUGGGGAUUCACAGGAGACUGCAGUUGCCAUUGCCAGUCGCUUGGGAGUGUAUUCUAAAAGUUCUCAAUCAAUCUCGGGUGAAGAAGUGGAUGCAUUGGAUAUACAACAACUUUCACAAAUAGCACCUAAGGUAGCAGUCUUCUACAGAGCCAGCCCCAGACAUAAACUGAAAAUUGUUAAGUCACUUCAAAAUAAUGGUGAAGUAGUUGCUAUGACAGGAGAUGGAGUGAAUGAUGCGGUAGCACUAAAAGCUGCAGAUAUUGGAGUUGCAAUGGGGCAGACCGGCACUGAUGUUUGUAAAGAAGCUGCUGAUAUGAUCCUGGUGGAUGAUGACUUUCAAACAAUAAUGUUUGCUAUUGAAGAGGGUAAAGGAAUUUAUAAUAAUAUUAAAAAUUUUGUUAGAUUUCAACUUAGCACGAGCAUAGCUGCAUUGACAUUAAUCUCAUUGGCCACAUUAAUGAACUUUCCUAAUCCUCUCAAUGCUAUGCAGAUCUUAUGGAUCAACAUUAUCAUGGAUGGGCCUCCAGCUCAAAGUCUUGGUGUUGAGCCUGUAGAUAAAGAUGUUAUCCGAAAACCUCCACGAAAUGUUAAGGACAGCAUUUUGACCAAAAAUCUGAUCAUUAAAAUUCUAGUUUCAUCUAUAAUUAUUGUAUGUGGAACACUAUUUGUCUUCUGGAGAGAGCUACGGGACAAUGUUAUAACACCCAGAGAUACAACAAUGACUUUCACUUGCUUUGUAUUUUUUGAUAUGUUUAAUGCAUUGAGUUCGAGAUCUCAGACUAAAUCUGUAUUUGAAAUUGGACUUUGCAGCAACAAGAUGUUCUGUUAUGCAGUUCUUGGGUCUAUAAUGGGUCAGCUGCUGGUAAUCUAUUUCCCUCCACUUCAGAAAGUUUUUCAGACAGAAAGUCUAAGCAUAACAGAUUUGCAGUUUCUUCUGGGCCUUACCUCUUCCGUGUGUAUAAUAUCAGAGAUCAUAAAGAAGGUUGAAAAAAGCAGGGAGAAGACCCAAAAGCAUGGUAGUUCACAACACUUGGGAUCAUUUCUCGAUGUAUGAUGCACAUUGCAUUCUUUACCUAACUAGAAACUGCUGUUUAUGUACAAGGGAGAAACAAUAUAAAGGGCUUUUGACAAACCCUUCUCCCUGAAGGAUAAUAAACUUUGGUAAAAUUAAAGACUGUUUAAUUCUAAACUUCCAGAUAGGGAGUAAUAAAUUAUGCAAUUUUGGUAAUUUUUCCCCUCAAAGGUAAUUUUACUUUCCAGAUUGAUGGAACUUUGUAAUAUGAGAAAGACUACUUUAAAAGGAAACCUAUGUCAAGAGUUUGGCCCACCUUUUUUUCUUAACAGAUGUAUGUCUAUAGAAAUAAAAAUUAGAUGAAAUAUGUUUUAUGGUAAAGGUGAUGGGAUUUGAUUAUGGAAAUAUUUGAGGUAUUCCAUUUAUCUAGAUUAGGGGUGGUGUCAAACUUGUGGCGAUUCGUGACGUAUCAGGACUUUUUCCCCCUUUGCUAAAUCAGGCGUGGGUGUGGCCAGUGCGUGAUGCAUCUGGCCUGUGGGCCGCAAGUUUAACAACCCUGAUCUAGACUGAAUUAUCUAGACUGAAUUACAAGAGUGCCAUUUUUCAGCUCCUGUAUUUAUUUCCAUUAUUCUGCAUUGUGUACCAUGGGUUUUUCUUUUUGUAUCCCGAUCCUUUUUUGCACAGGAUGUAACUGUCAGAUCACUGUCUUUUCUUUCUUUUUGUGACUGAAAAGUCUAUAUUGCAAUUUUCAAGUAAAUGUUUGCUUUCCUUAAAA